UUUUUGCAAAAAAAUGUUAUUAUAUCCAAGAAGCCCAUUGCUUUACCCCUCAACCUGGAAGACCAGGUUCGAUUCAUAAUUGAUGAACUAAUAAAUCGAAUUAAAAUAGAUAAAGUACAACCCUUAGCUCUAAUCUCUAAUUUCGCCAUCAAAUCGAUUGUCUUAUUGUUAAUCACAAACUCAACUUUGUUUUUUAUUUGGUCAUCACUAACAUGAAUUAAGAAAACGAAUCAUUUUUUCCCAAUAUUACUCAAAUAAUUAUUUCUUUCUAAUUUAUUGUAAUGAAAUAUUUCGCAACAUUCUGUUGUUGAUAUUACUCUCAACAUGUUUCGCAACAAAAAAUAUUUUACCACAUUACGGAUAUUUAAAUUAACCGGAUAUUAAAUUUAUAGAAAACUCGUCUUGAUGUAGUAAAAUAAACCGCGAUAAGAAAGCGCACUUUAAUGAAUUAUUUAUGAAUGAAUUUAAAGUUGCGUAAAAUUUUACCAAGAAGUUAAGCUGUGUCAAUGACGUCUACUAUGAUGAAGAAUCGUCUAUAUAUUGAAAUGGAUACCACUAAAUCGCCGCAUUUCGUUCUUUAACUUCGAUAGACCCACUUAAAAUUUAAAUAAUAGUCAUGGAGUAUAAAAUCGUUUUUUAUAUCAUUUCUUUUUUGAGCUUACAAAUUAUUGUUAGUUCAUCAUUUCAAUCUGAUGGAAAUAAAACGAACUUUAUGAAAUUUAGGGAUGUUUUACGCAAUUACAACAAAUAUAUAAAGUCACCACCUCCAGGUGUUGUAAUGAUUAGCACCAGAGAUGCAAUUGAUAUUAAAGCUAGAAGAGUUGAACCUCAAGGGCUUAUUGUACUUAGAUGUCCCACACAUAUAGAUAUUGGCGGUAAAAAACGAAAAUGCGUAGCAACGAGAGAAGAAGUGAAGAUGGGGGUUUUAAUUGUUGAUACUAAAGAAUUUGUAGAAGCAAAAACUUAUAAUGAAGUGAAAUGUUCAUGUAGGGAGAGAAAAAAAUAAGAAAUUAUGUGAUAUAAUCGUAGCUUUGAUAAUUAAGCCAUAAAAUGUUUGUGAUAUCUUAAUUUAUUU